AUGAGGGAAUGUUCAAACACAAUGCCUAGCAAUACCAAUAGAGAAGAACAUGGAGAAUGGUAUGAUUGUGAUGUAUCCCUUCAGCCUCCCCAUCGUGUCCCACUUGACAGAAUUACCGUUUUUGAUACGUUUUCAUGUUGUUACGUGAUUGGCACAGAUGCCACGCGGCGUGAAUGCCGUGUACUGGAGUUUAAUAAGUCUAACAGUAACACUUUAUUGUAUGAAGACAGUACAUCAUAUACCUCUGCAGAUGUAAAAGAUAUUAUGGCACGUUUUAAUGGAAAGGCUAAUACCCGUGUAAUACGAGGCAUUGCUUUAUUGGGUUGUGUUCGUUUUACGAAAGGGUAUUAUUUACUAUUAGCCACACGACGUCGAUUAGUGGCACGAUUGGGAUUUCAUCGUAUCUUUGAAGUAACAGAUAUUGAACUUAUUUCUUUAUGUGCACCUGUAACACCCGUUGCCGUAACCGUUGCAGAGGCAUCACCACUUCUACAAGCUCGUACGGUGGAGGAUUAUUAUCGAAAUCAAUUUCUUGCCGUCUCACUAAAGCAGAAUUUCUACUACUCCCACACAUAUGAUUUAACAAACACACUACAAGUGAAUAUGUCUGUGCCAUAUAGUAAACGUAAGGUCCGUAACAAAUUUGUAUGGAAUGAAUUUCUUCUAGAACCUUUUUUUAUACCCUUUACGGCACGUAGUACCCCAACAGAGGGUGAGGCUCUCCUUUCACCUGCUGGUAUUGGACGAUGGAUGGUGUAUCUACUACAUGGCUCUAUUGUACAGUGUCCUUUAUACUGUGUUGGGCGUCACGUACGCAUUACACUUAUAGGACGUGUGAGUAAAAACUUUGCAGGUGCACGUUACUUACGUCGUGGUGUGAGUAGUGAUGGUCAUGUUGCCAAUCAUGUGGAGGUGGAACAAAUUGUGAUGGAUGAAUCUACUUUACACACACACUAUACAAGGGGAGCCUUCUCAUCCUAUGUACAGGUGCGAGGAUCUGUGCCACUUCACUGGUUUCACCCACCAACACAGUUGCCAAAACCUCCAAUUAAAUUGGGUGUUUCGGAUUUGUAUUACACAGAUACACAGAAACAUUUCCAGGAAUUAAUAGAGGAUUACGGUGUACCAAUAAUUAUAGUAAAUCUCCUUCGGCAACGUGAGAAACGACCUCGUGAAAGUAUUCUUGGUAAUGAGUAUCGGAAGGCGGUGGCGACACUGAUGGGAUAUACACGUGAUAAUUCAACUGAGAAAAGGAAGGUAACAGAUAGCGAGAGUGAAAAGGUGAUGAAUGUUAAGGAGGAAAAUAAAAGAGAAAAAGAAGAAAUUCUUUUAUAUUAUGAAUUUGAUAUACGUGAGUCAGCACGUGAUGCAUGGAAUAACACAACCGCCAUAGCUGAGGAGUCUCUUAAGAAGACUGGAUUCUUCGCUUGUCAUAGCAGCGGUCAUAAGGCUCAAUGGCAGGAAGGUGUGAUACGCAGUAAUUGUGUAGAUUGCAUUGAUCGUACUAAUCUCGCACAGUUUUUUUUUGGUCUCCACGCAUUGGGACAUCAAUUACAUGCAUUAGGUAUACUUUACUCCCCUGUGGAUCUCGCACUAUCACCUGAUGUUCAAAAUCUUCUAUUACGUAUGUUUCUUCUUAUGGGUGAUGCUAUAGCUGUGCAGUAUGGUGGUUCCCCACAGGUGGGUGCUGGUGUGUUGAACAGAGGUACUGGAUGGGAUAAAAUUAUGGGAAUUAAACGUCUAUACAAUAAUAUGGUAAGUGAUCGUGAAAAACAAUCUGCGUUAAAUAUUUUUCUGGGACGUUAUCAGCCAUACCCUAAUCCAUAUUCCACUGCAUGUAAUCCUGUCAUGCGUAUCCCUACUACAGCAUUUGGUGCUGUGGUUACCAAUAACAAUGAUAGCCGCAGAAACAGUUUCAGUAACAACAGUAAUAGUAAUAGUAAUAGUAACAACGAUAAUAGUGAUAGUGGGGUGGCAGAGUAUUUACGUUCAUCUAUGCAAAAUAUGAGCGUUUGGUUUGAUCGUAAUGAUAUUCGCGUUAGUCGAGUUGUAGACCUUUCUGAGAUUGAGUCUGAUUACUACUUGCAGGUGAAGAGUGCUCCAUCCCUGGCUAGACCUAAAAAUUCAAGUACUUGGUGGAAAGAAGCUUUACAACGUUUUCACCAUUCUAUGUGUUACCAAAAUACACCGUUGCCCUUAUUAUCAUCUCCACUAUUGUCAUCAUUAUCGCUUUCAGUGCCUAGUGUGUGGGAUUCACAAGAUAAGGAAAGGGAUGAAAUUAUCCGUAGUAUGUGUCUGAGAGAACGUGCUGCUACUAUGGGUUUGGACCUUGAUAAUGAUAUGGAUGAAGUUAUCACUAGUAAUACAGUGCAAGAAGAGGAAGUAUUUCAUCUGGAAUCGACUACAAUAGUGAACACACUUGUGCGGCACAUGACCAUAAUCCCUUCUCCAUCUCUUUCUAAAGAAACGACAGAGUGUGUGUAUGGUCUCAUGGAUCAUGGUGAGGAAAAGGAAGAGGAAGAGGAGGAAUGUGUCUAUCAUAAAAGUGAGGAUGCAUUGAUUGGGUUUGUACACAAUCAUUCUACCUUUCCAGAUGAAGUUCGGGCGAGUGUUUUUCACCAAGACAUUGAAGCCGUACGACACAUGAGUGAUGAUUGUGAACCCCUGAAAGAUUUACGCCGCAUGCAACUAGAAGUGUUAUCUAUGUAUGGUGAUCCAGUGGAUUGGAAUGCAGAAAUGCUUAUAGAGGCUUUAACAGAGGUGGAACCAGAAGUGAGUCCUCCGACAGUAAAUUACUUGCGAAGGAUAAAUGUGGAUAGGAAUGUGUUAUUGUACAAGUUGCCCAUAGAUUGUAUGGAGCAAGGGGAGUUACUCCAACGCUUUUCAGAUCUUGUGCGUCAAAUACCUCAAAGAGGUUUGGAAACUUCUGUACAUUUCCAAACCGCUGAAUUUGACAAACUGGUUGAAGAAAUGCAGUCUGUGUAUAUUGGCAACAAGGAUGAUCACAAUAAUAAUGAUAUUAAUAGUAAUAAUACUAAUAGUAAUACUACUAGUAAUAAUAAUAAUAAUAAUAAUAAUAAUAAUAGAGGUAAUAUUGCUUUCCCUGAUGCUACAUGCCGUCUUUUGCAACCCUUCUUUAAAGAGGCGGUGUAUCCUACUACAAUGGCUACAGUAGUGAGAAGACUGCUUCGAGAAAUGACCGAUGCGAAUAGUGGUGUACCUCGUAGUGAUCGUUUACGUUAUCGUGAAAAGGCUGGUCCACGUGUACCACACGCUCUUGUGGUAUUACAGUGUUUUACUGCGAAGGAACUGCAUUUGUGGUUAAUAUCUGAGUCAAGGCGUUUAGGACUCACACUGCACGAACAUGUUGAACCACAUGAAGCCUCACAAGCGGGAUGGAAGUUUAUGCUUUGGCUUGCACAUGCUAAUCUCAUUACACAAAUUAUUACAAAACCGGACUUUGGAGUUGUGGUUCAUCCUCCAGUAAAAGCAAGUGAUUUCACAUCCCGUACAAAAUUAUUUACUUUACCUUCUCUGGAGGAAAGGUAUAUUCUCAACAAGAGAAUAUCAUCUAGAGGUGCAGAACUUACAUUUACACGAGAAGAAUCUGCUGGAGUGGCUCUAUCUUUGCUUUCCCACUCAAGUAUUAUUGCCUAUACGGUAUCAUUGGUAAACCUGGCUUUUGGUUUACUUUCUUCAGUACAGGAAAUGACAGUAACUGCUGGAGGUGAUAACUCCAAGGACUCUUCCAUUCACACCUUAUUGGAAAGACUGUUGACACUUAGUACACAUCUUGUAAAAGUUAAUAUUUUGGCUCUUCAACCACGUGAUCGUUGGUGUUUCUGGGUCAAUGUGUUUAAUACAUUAUAUAUCCACGCGUGGUUAGUAGCCCCUGGACAACGUGCUCAGGAUUAUAAAAGUUUCUAUACUACCAAUGGAUAUGAUAUUGGAGGAUACUUCUUUUCUUUAAAUGACAUCAAAAAUGGUAUUCUUCGUGGGAAUAAACCCCCACCUUUUGCACUUUUGCCUCCUUUUGAGAAGGAGGAUCCUCGGCACUUAUUUAUACCAAUAGAGUUUGGGCCAAAAAUAGGAAAUGAAUAUAACGACAUUUUUGAAAAAGGAAACACAACAACAACAAUAAGAACAACGUUAGUACAUCGUAUUCAACGUCAAAUUCUAUUGGCUCUUAUCGACACUUAUUUACUACCCAAUAACUUUGAGAAUAUCUCUUCAUACAACCCGCGUACAAUCUUUGAGGAAGAAGAAGAAGAAGGGCAAAUAGGUAUGGACCAUACAGUAUCAAGCAUGGAUGUACCAAAUACAAGUGUGGACCCUGAGGAUAGUGAAAAUGAUAUUCCAUUUGAUACUGGAGAUGAAGAUCUUGACAUGCAAGAAAGCACACAUUUAGCUAAGAGUAUGCUGCAACGGGCAAGUGGAUUAUCUAUAGGAGCAACAUCAUGGUUUGCUUCAUGGUUUGCAAAUCGUUCAUCUAAUAAAAAUGUAACAUUCACACAUCCAUGCAUUCCUCUUACAUCUGAGGUAUUCUCAGAACAACUGAACACCAUUGAGGGUUACGUAUGGCGUUUACUUAACCAUCCCACACAAGUGAUGGUGACCCGCAAUGGUGUUCAGGUACCACACGCCGUAUUACAAUUACUUCUGUACCCUGAGGAAUUUGGUUCUAGUUGUGAUGAAAUAAUUCGAUUACUACAACAUCACUCACACACCAAUGCAACAGGAACAAAACGAAACACUUCUACCAUCAUUAAUAUUUCAGAAAAAAACUCUCCAUUUGCUCCAAGGAAACAUUAA